AGGGCUGCCUAUGACAGAUUUGGUGUCUUGUAACUGCUAUCUACCGACGUAUGUCCAUCAUGCCUGAUGUCCAUUAGUUGGAUGACAUCAGUGGGUUAAAGAACUGUUAAAUUUGUGCAUUUUUGUUUUCUUUCAUGGAUACGUGACUGUGGUACCUGAGUCAUUGGACUGAAACUUGACAGAGAAGGACAUGGCGGACAAUCUGGAGCCAUCUACCUUCCCCAUACAGAAGGGGUCACUGAGUCGCCUGAGGCAGAAAUGGGAAUCUAGUGACUAUCACAGAAAUGAGAGCUAUCCUGGAGGCAGCCGGUGCAAGCUCUUCCAGCUUAAGGAAAGCAACUUGCUUGAACCUGAAGGAGAGGCACUUUCAACACUUGACCCUCCAGAGGCACCAAGUCUGCCUUGCUGCAAAAAGGAAGAGGUAUUGUGUGGAGAGCCUGAAGAUGGAGUUCCUGAGGACCAGAAUGACAAACUCAAAGACUGUGGACAGCCUGAAGUACUGAAGGAGGAUUCCCUGACUGGCCGGCGCAGGAUUGAACGCUUUUCCAUUGCCCUAGAUGAGCUGAGAAGUAUAUUUGAGUCUCCCAAGAGUAGCAUAAACUCAGCUGGACCAGUUGAAUAUGUCCAAAAGGUAAGAAGCUAUUUAUUUCAGGAUUACAGCUAGCAAAUCUAGAGGAUUGCUUAGGCUGGCAUAUAGUCCUGACUGCUUUUUGUUUUCCCCUUCACCUAUACCCUAGCCAGCUGUCUGAGUAACAUAAUAUAGUAGCUUUGAAGCUUGGCAUCUUCUGUUAUUGACUUCUUUAUAGUUUGUGUCAAUGGGGACUUGACCCCAUUCCAUUCCUACAAAAUCGAUUCUGAUACAUGUUGUGUUGAUGGUUCUUUGUGUGUGCCUGGUUUGCACAAGCAGCUUAUGAGUUCCUUGAAAGCAAGGAAAAUUUCUGACCAUUUGUUGUGUCUCAAACAUCAAAUGAUGAUAAGAAACUUAGGAAGUACUGUGAGGGAAUGUUUGAAAAUGUUUCCUUUUCACUUUGAAGUUUUCUUAAAAUUUGGUCCAUGGAUAGAAAAAUGGCAAUAGAUUAGCAGAAAACAAAAUUAUCAUGUGUUUAAGCAUGUCAGUCAUACAUGAAGAAGGAAGCUCAAAGGAGGCCCUGGGAGCUGAAGCUGAAAUAGCAGGUUGACUGCAAAAGAACAAGGGUUCUAUAGUCCUGGCAAAUAUGUUGCAAUGUGGUAUGCUAGGCUGAGAGGGGAAAUGUAGAGUAGUCAUUACUCUAUUAUGUAGUUGAUGAUCUAUUAUGUGUAAAAGUCAACUGAUGACUGCCUGUGCUAAUCCCUUCCCAAACCAGGUGUCAGAUCCUGAGUCUGUGAAAAGAAUUCCUAUAGACACAUGGGGUCUACCAGUGAGAACAGCCUACAUCUGCUAUUUAUUAAUGUAGAUAGAUAUAAGCUUAUUCUUACUACAAGAUUUUCCUAGGGUCAUGUCUAUGUCUGCAGAAAUCUGCCAUCUUUCUGAAUAACUAACUCAGAAUAUGCCAAAGGAAUAAUAUAGGGCAAAAUGCUUUGCUACCCCAUAUGACUUAUUAAUUAUGAUGUAUGAUAUGAAAUGAAGGAAGGCUAUGAAACUACAAUGACCUAUAUUUCCAUCCUCAAACCUGUAAUUUGCUUCUGAAGCAGAAUAACAUUUGGCCAUACAGACAUAAAAGUUUUAAUCAACUACUUUAUAUUUUUUCAAUUCAUGGAAAAUUAUGCAUAAUAUUCUCAUGUUACUAAAUGCCGAGUAUGAAUUUUUUAUAUAUUUCACGAUCAUUUGUUGUUGAUUGUGAUCAUUUGCCAUGUCCAUAUACAAUGAUUUAUUACUUAAAGGGGUCUUUACUCAAAGACAGAGAAUAGGAUGAUCAGUGUGUGAACAACGGUCACAUUCUCUACUUUCAUGGUCAAAUAAAACAAAUAUUAUUCGAGCCUAAAUUAC